AUGGACAUCCUAUGUGACUGGGAUAGUGGUAAAGCGGCCUCAAUCCCGGGUGUUAGAGACCACGAGAGGAUGAGGUCCGAGGGCGACGCCCCCGAACAAAGCGUCAUAUUCAACUACGGGACCUACGUCGAUACACACCUCCCAGGGCAUAGUGAAGGAAUCGUGCGUCAUUUUAAGCUUGCUUUUAAGAGGCUCAAGGAAGCCCACAGAGAAAUUUUUGCCGGCCAGAAUGAGACGCCAGACCAGGGAAGGGAUACUCGAGUGUUUGGUCUGCUUUGA